GUGGGUCAUUUUGAUUUUGAACCUUGAACUCAAAUAAAAAUAAAGAAAUUUAUUAGCUUUUUAUUUGUCUUCUGUCUGCAACAGUUUCACUUGGACUAAUCAGUUUAGUAUUCUGGUUAGAUUAACAAACAAACACUAUGCUUUCACAGUUACGAAUGUCAAGCUUAACCAGUUUUAGGUUAAAUUAUGGAUUAUUCAAAAAAGUCAGACAGCUACAAGUUAUCACAAGAACCAAAGUCCAUGCCAUUCAAAAAGAACAAACACGUAGUAUUUUACUACAUUCAAAUAAGGAAUUCUUCCCAAGCAAAUUUCUUGGUCUUCAAAAAAUGUGUACUCAUAUGACCAUCAAGCCUGUAGACUUUAACACUGUACGAUCACUAAAGGAUAAUCGUUCCACAUUACUGGUGGAUGUCCGAGAACCUGAAGAACUUAAAGAAACUGGCGUUUUACCUGCAAGUAUCAAUAUUCCAUUGGGCGAAGUAGAAAAUGCACUGAAAAGUAUGGAAAAUAAUGAAUUCCGCACAAAGUAUGGUCAUAAUAAACCUGCAUUGGAAACACCUUUAGUCUUUUCUUGCCGGUCUGGUAAAAGAAGUGAAACAGCCGCCAAGACUGCAAUCAGCUUAGGUGUGAGUAAUUAUACAGGGGGUUGGUUAGAUUGGGAAGAAAACAUUAAGAAGAAUUAAUACUAUAAUAUAUUAUGAUAUACCUAUAACUCUCAAUAAAAAGGACUUUUUAAAUGUAACAGCGUUCAUUCAGUUAAUAUGAUUUACAGUCGACUAAGAUUGUAUAGAUAAGAUACUUAUACAUAUUUGCACUAUAUUUUAAAGAAGAAAAUAAAUAUCUACACUAUUUUUUUU